GCCGUCGGAAGGCUAACUUCCACGGAGAGACGGUGACGCGGAUUUGCAUUGUAACCGCGCUGAAUUUCUUCGUAAUUGGUACGAAAUCGCAGCCAUGGCGCCGAAGAAAAUCAGUUACACUCCUGUACAAGACGCAGCCGUUGUGCUGCCGCAAGAGCAAAAGCCGCCGGAAGUAAUCCCUUCAGAACCAGCGAAACCAACCUAUGACGAUCAGUGGUUUGAUGAUCCAAUCGAAGGAGAGGAGGCGAUUCGAAUGGAGCAACAGUUGCGGCAGAAAAUUGAGGAAAAGGCUGAACCAGUGCGGACAUGGCUGGAAAAGAAUAUAGUGCCAAUCUUACUGCAAGCGUUAGAAGCUGUUUGUGCUCACAGGCCCAGCAACCCUCAUGAAUUUCUGGCAGCUUAUCUCCUCAAAUACAACCCCCUAAAAGACACAUACCCAGAGGAUGAUCCGAAACCCAAGAAGGUAAUGGAGGAAGAGAAUAUCGAAGAUGACAAUGAGGACGAUCCUUGUGGUUGCGAUCGUUUCAAAAGGAAAGAACCACCAAAACCUGACCUCGAGCCAACAACUACCGAUGAACUAGCGAAGAAAAACAGCAUACUCGCAGAUGCAAAACAAAAUUUCACUGUCGAUGAUCCGAUCAGAGAGUUGGUCACUGCACAAGCCAAGUCCAAGGACUCUGUUAAGAAGUGAGCCAGUGACCAAGAAACUUUGCUAUCAAUCAUCAUCGCUUAAACCUUGGUCUUGACCUCACGUCCUGCACAACUCCCAACUUCGAGAAUGGACACAAUUGACAAAACCUGGUAAGAUUCUGAGCGAUGCAAUUUGUGCAAGAGGGCUACAUCGGGAAUUGCACUUGAAUCAUCUCUCCACUUUCGUGUGGAACAUGCAGUUUGGUUCUGCCCUUCACAUGAUGUCCAUAUGCUCUGUUUCAAUUUCCAAUCUUUCUAUACUAUUUGUCCACUUGGCACGACUAGGGUGACUUGUCAAUCAAGGAAGAUACUAUCUAUUAAACCAAUGUGGUCAGUAAGGAAAUAGUCAUUGACUGAGCAAUUCAUGCCAUCAAUAGAAAUAGAUUUGGUUUCACAAGAUUACUAAUCUUGAAGUUAAAAUGGCACUAGAGGCAAGCUUGUGAGGUUUAACGUGCCUCUUUUAAUAUUUUCCAUAAAUUAUAUUCUUUGUUUGUCUUUUUCUUUAUUUUUUAACAAGUAAUAUCUACUUAUUCGCAUAUUGUAGAACUGAGAGCAUCUCAUCUAGACCAUUUCAAAGAAUCGAAGUUUAAAUUGUGAUGUUACUUGCAGAACAAAAAUUGUGUUGCAAAACAAAAAUUGUUCUACAUGUAGCUAGUUCAUCACUAACUAGAUAGAUGGUUCAGAAGAUUUAGGGAUUAAGUCGAAGUUUGAAUAUGUAAAAUACGGUGGAAUAAAGAGGAGUUUAAUCAAGUUCUAGUA